AUGGCCCCCCCCGGCUCGGUGUCCGGAGAGAACGGGGGGCGGGGGGCCUGCGGGGCCGGAGACCCCGGACCCCCCGGACCCCCCGACCGCCGCCGACACCGGGAGGAGGAGGAGGAGGAGGAGGAGGAGGAGGAGGGAGAGGAGGAGGGGGCGGAGGCCGGACCCGCCCGCGAGGAGCAGCGCCCGGUCCAGCCGUCCCUCACCAAGUCCCUGUGCCGCGAGUCGCACUGGAAAUGCCUGCUGCUCUCGCUGCUCAUGUACGGCUGCCUGGGGGCCGUGACCUGGUGUCACGUGACCAAGGUGACCCGCCUGACCUUCAGCAGCGCCUACAAGGGCAACUCGCUCAUGUACCACGACAGCCCCUGCUCCAACGGCUACGUGUACAUCCCGCUGGCCUUCCUCCUCAUGCUGUACGCCGUGUACCUGGUGGAAUGCUGGCACUGCCAGGCCCGCCGGGAGCUCCAGUACCGGGUGGACGUGGGUAGCGUGCGCGAGCGGGUGGGCCGCCUGCAGCGGGCCACGCCGUGCAUCUGGUGGAAGGCCAUCAGCUACCACUACGUCCGCCGGACCCGCCAGGUGACCCGCUACCGCAACGGGGACGCCUACACCACCACCCAGGUCUACCACGAGCGCGUCAACACCCACGUGGCCGAGGCCGAGUUCGACUACGCGCGCUGCGGCGUGCGCGACGUCUCCAAGGCCCUGGUGGGCCUCGAGCGGCCCCCGGCCACCCGCCUGCGCUUCACCAAGUGCUUCAGCUUCGCCAGCGUGGAGGCGGAGAACGCCUACCUCUGCCAGCGCGCCCGCUUCUUCGCCGAGAACGAGGGCCUGGACGACUACCUGGAGGCGCGCGAGGGCAUGCACCUGAAGAACGUGGACUUCCGCGAGUUCAUGGUGGCCUUCCCGGACCCGGCCCGCCCGCCCUGGUACGCCUGCCCGUCGGCCUUCUGGGCCGCGGCCCUGCUGACCCUGUCCUGGCCCCUGCGGGUGCUGGGCGAGUACCGCACGGCCUACGCGCACUACCACGUGGAGAAGCUCUUCGGCCUGGAGGGCUCCGGCGCCAGCCCGGCCGGGGCCGAGGAGGACGAGGCGGCGGCGGCGGGCGGGCUCCCGGCCUCCCGCCUGCCCCGCGUCAACACGGUGGACAGCACGGAGCUCGAGUGGCACAUCCGCUCCAACCGGCAGCUGGUGCCCAGCUACUCGGAGGCGGUGCUCAUGGACCUGGCGGGCUUCGCGGCCGGGGCCGGCGGGGGCGGCGGCGGGGCCGGGCCCGCGCCCUGCGGGCGCUACGGCGCCCCGACCCGGCGCGGCUGCGAGCGCUGCCGCCGCGCCGUCAGCAGCUCGUCCAUCUUCUCGCGCAGCGCCCUGAGCAUCUGCGCCAGCCCCCGGGCCGGGCCGGGGCCGGCGGGCGGGGGCAGCCGCUUCUCGCUGGGCCGCCUCUACGGGUCCCGGCGGAGCUGCCUGUGGCGCAGCCGGAGCGGCAGCCUGAACGAGGCCAGCUGCCCCACGGAGCAGACGCGGCUCUCCAGCCAGGCCAGCGUGGGCGGCGAGGACGACGACGACGACGACGGCGACGACGGGGCCCACGCCGGGGGGCCGCCCCCGCCCUACCAGGACGCCCUCUACUUCCCCGUGCUCAUCGUCCACCGCCACGAGGGCUGCGGGGGCCACCGGCCCCCGCACCGCCACGGCUCCUGCGUGGAGACCUCGCUGUGACCGACCUCUCCGUCCCCCGCCCGGGGCGGAGGAGGACGGGGGAGGUGGGCGGGGCGAAGGCCGGGCGGUGGCGGGGACUGGCCGUGGCCGGCCCUCCACCGGGCCCGCGCCCCCGCCGCCCCGCUCCCCUCACCUCUGCCCCUUCCACCGGAUCUUCCGACUGUUAUGCGCGGGGUGGGGCGGGAGGGGGUGGGGGACUGCCUUCUUCCACUCCCCUGCCCGUGGGGUGGGCGAGAGAAAGGAUCCGGGCGCCCAUCCUCUCCCGAGCCUCAGACGGCAGCGGCUGGGGGGGGGAGGGGGGCCGCCGCUGCCGGGUGAGGGGGAGUGGGGCCGGGGGCGACGACUCCUCACCCCGUCACCGGGGGGGGACUCCAACCAGGGUCUCCCCCGCUGGAACCGUGCAGUCCGGGGUUUCCGCUGGGGGGCCCGAUCUUCUGCCCCUCCCUCACCACCCUCCCGUCAGCGGCACCCCGCCCCCCCCCGAUCCCCGUCCCCGGGCCCUCAG